GAGUUUCAGUCAUGUUUCAAUUCCUUACCUUGAUAUAUAUUUGCUAUACUCGUACAGGGUGGUGUGUACGUAUUAAGUAUGAAUAAUUUAAUGUGCUAUGAACUUGUGCUUGGAUUAGUUUUGAUCAGCUUGUUUUCUUCAGUGAGCGCGGACGUCUCCUGCUAUAUUUGCGGGGGAUGUAAUGAUGCGUUUGAAGUUUCCAAGGCACAGACGGCGUCGGGAUGCAAGUCCUGCAAAAAGUUCAAAGAAUGGGGAGAUUACAGUAGUACAAUAAUACGAACGUGCGACCUCUCAACUAUAGGCGAUGGGUGCUCUGAUGAAAUUGCCGGGAUAGACUCGCAGACCUGCUAUUGUCGAACAGACUUCUGUAACAGCGCUCAGAACAUGUACUUGUCAAGAGUUGUCGGCCUUGUGGGAUUGAUAAUUACAGUAUUUCUGUAGAGUGUGAUAGUUUUUUAUAUCGAAAGAUACUUAACUGUGAUAUUUAUGGAUGUUAUCAUAUUAAUCUUAAGAUAAGAGUUAAGUAACUAUAUCUCUCGAUUUACGGCGAUCACUUAUACAUUGCUAUUUUCUUUACUUAAUUAAUCACUUCAUUAACUUUUCAACAAUUCUUGUCAAAAUUACGUUUUAUUUUUUUUUAAUUUUAGCUAUUUGUUCAAUUUAAUAUUAAUAUAUUUAACUCAAUGUCUUUCUUCGAUAACCCUGCUGUGAUAAUUUAAUAUUGUUACAACGUGUUCUUAUGUCACACAAUGUAUUUUAAGGACCACAAGGGAAAUAAGAGUGUGUUUUUGUGUGAUAUCAUUCAUUUUUUAAAAUGAUUGACAUGGCUUUAUAUAUUCAUGCUUGUUGUUUUAGAGCUGUAUGUCUCUUUAUUGCAAUGCCAAUUGUGCAAUUGUGUUGAUACAAAUCUAUCUAUCUAUUUAUAUUUCAAAACGCAAAUAUUUACUAGCACAAUGUAAUGUUCAUGCAAAAGUCAUGUGUUGUCGGAGGUGAAAGUGAUAUUGCGAUAUGUCAUAACGUUGACGUCUGUAAAAUUGUAUUAAAACUCAAGCAAACCCUGCUGGAAUAAAAUGAAUCUGAUAUUACUACUCAACGAGUCUUUCAGUUAGUCCACUCUGAAAACUAACAAAAUUGUCAAUCAAUAAAGCAAUGAUUCAGUUUUAGAAUAAUUGUAAGCCUCUUAUUGAUUUCGAUUUUACUUUAAAAGGUCAAUUGUAUUACCCGCCUGACAAGAGUAUUUCAAUCAUCUAUAUUAAAUUGGUUUCACUUAUUUGAAUGUCAUUAUUCCGGGAUGCAUUGUUUUUAUUUAAAAAAAAUUAAGAUCCUCUCUUUCUCCACAAAUAAGGUUUCCCACAAUUAAAACAAUUGUUCAAAUAUACCAAAACGAACUAAUAAAUAAAUGUUUUUUUAUGAAGGAUACAUCUGAGAGUUCAAUUUGUAAGAAAGGUGCAGAAUACACAUAAAUUCUACCUGAUGAGACAUCUGUAGAUCGCAAUAAAUCUUUAAGCACCCACCAACCAAUCAAUUAAUAUUUUUUGCUUAUUUAGCAUUCAAAUACGCGCUUACAAUCUUGUUAUCACUUAUUAAUGUUUUCCAUAAAUGGAAUAUUUAGAAAUUUUAUCACUUAACAUUUGUGUUUGUUAUACAUGUGUAUGUAUUGAUUUUGA